AUGUCUUCGAAAAUUAUUAUUGGCCCAUUUCCGUUGGAGGACUACAACCUUUCCGCGUCAGAAAUGGGAAGAGCCCGGCUAGAUAGCAACCAGGCGCUCCGGUGGCAUCCGCAAGACUCUGUAUUUUGCGACGUCGGAACUCUUAAGCAAAUCCAGGGGCGCCCUUUUAUGCUGCCGUUGUUGCACGUUGCGUACGUCGCACACCUCUGGCCAAAUGCAUGUCGAGGCGUCAGGACAAGAUUCUUUUUGGAACGGAAAGUGGCACGAGAAGCAUCGGCAGUUUAUGCGCACCGUCCUGCCUCAUUCUAUUCGCUACGUGCUCCUUAUUUGCAGAACAAUGACCUUAGCUGUCGCGACCAACUGGUACUCAGGUUCAAGACUAAUAUCCACAUGACCCGAGAAAACGCCGUCGUCAAGAGAGAUCAUGCUGUCCAGAAACCACAACCCUCCACCCGUAACUUUCGAUCCCAGAAAUCUCUUGCAGCUUGCGCACCCGUCAACGUCACACGACAUAGCAUAUCACGCUAG